AUGAGUCAGACUAUUGUUCUUGUUACAGGCGGGAACCGUGGGCUUGGCCUUGGGCUGGUCAAAACCUUUCUCUCACAAUCUCAUCAUACGGUCAUUUCUGCCAACCGGAACCCGGAACACCCAACCUCCAAGGCCCUCUUUGACCUCCCCAAGGGCGAGGGCAGCAAUCUCAUCGUCAUCAAGUAUGAUGCCUCGGUGGAGCAAGACGCAUUUGAUGUCGUGAAGGAGCUCAAAGAGAAGCAUGGGAUUAACGCCCUGGAUAUCGUGAUUGCCAACGCCGGCAUUGUGAAAUCCUACCCGCUUGUCAAGGACGUCAAACGAGCCGAGAUUCAGCAACACAUUGAUGUGAAUGCAUAUGGUGUGGUGACGCUGUACCAGGCCACUCGGGAUCUGUUGCAGAAAUCUACCAAGAAGCCCAUCUUUGCCAUUGUUGGCUCUGGAGCUUCCUCACUUGGGAAUCAACCCCCGGUCCCGAACGCGGCUUAUGGACCCUCCAAGGUUCUCUUGAACUGGUACGGCGUUAGGAUCAAUGCCGAGGACGAAUGGCUGAACGCUUUCGUCCUGGACCCAGGCUUUUCUCAGACCGAGAUGGGCAACCAGGCAGCGCAGCUCUUUGGUAUGGGCGAUAAGGCGCCUGUCAAGGUGGAGGAUUCUGUAGGCGGCAUGUUCAAUGUCAUCAGGACCGCAAACAAGGAGACGCACGGUGGAAAGUUUGUCUCGUACACUGGCGAGAUUCUGAGCUUUUGA